UGAGGGUUGUGAUCCCGAAGGGACUGCGCGAACGCGUACUGGACGAGCUGCAUGAAGGGCAUCCUGGAAUCGUAAGGAUGAAAGAACUGGCACGCAGCUAUGUAUGGUGGCCGGAGGUCGAUGCGGAUAUUGAAUAUCGCGUCAGGUCGUGUGAUACCUGCCAACAGCAGCAGAGUCUUCCAGGUCCAGCCCCGCUGCAUCCGUGGUCCUGGCCAACUCGUCCGUGGCAAAGGCUGCACUUGGAUUUUGCGGGACCUUUCCAGGGCCGUCAUUUUCUGGUGAGCGUCGACUCCCACUCCAAGUGGCCCGAGGUUUUUGUGAUGAACAGCACAUCGGCCGAAGCAACUAUUGAAAAGCUGAGGGAGCUGUUUAGUCAUUUCGGUCUGCCAGAUGUUGUUGUCAGUGACAAUGGCCCCCAAUUUUGUUCCCAAGAAUUUCAGAUUUUCUUGCGAGAGAACGGUGUGAGGCACGUCAGGACCGCCCCCUACCAUCCAUCAAGUAAUGGGCUGGCUGAGCGUUUCAUCCGCACCCUGAAGGAGGCCUUACGAAAAGAGAUGCCGGGCCGGCCUCUGUCCCGUCGACUAGCAAGUUUCUUGUUAGCUUACAGAAACACACCGCACGCCACAACCCUUCAGAGUCCUGCGGAGUUGCUGCUUGGGCGGCGGCUCACUACCCGUCUCGACAGACUGCGACCCUCUGCAGAGGAAACUGUUCACCGCAAGCAGGACGUGCUACAGGUGAAGCACAGUGGCAAACACCGACACUUCGUGCCGGGUGAUAAGGUGUACGUCAAGAACUUCCGGCCGGGUGAGAGGUGGUUGCACGGAGUCGUCAUGGCUAGAUCCGGACCGGUCUCCUACAGGCUUCGCGUGACCACACCGCGGGGGACCUUCGUGUGGCGGCGACACCAAGACCACCUGCGGUUGCGGGAGAGCUCUACCCCAGAGGAGGAGGAAGGUGGUUUGCUGAUACCGAGUGUCCUGCCAUCAUCGCCAACCCCAGGGCAAGGGGGACUCGUGAACGAGCUGCCUCCAGUUGGGUCACCGGGGGUAGAGGGACAUGGGAUCAACUCCAGUCUCCGGUCGUUCCCCAGCCCAGCCGCAAGAAAUUCAGCGCCGGUAUCCCGAACGGCAACGGCGUGCGCCUAA